AUGUCUGGACAAUAUGACGGAAGUGUCACCUGGGUCAAUCUUGACGUGGAAAGCAUUGACGACACCACUCACCGCACCAGGGUAGCAAGUCAGGUCCAAGAGUACCGGAGAUGGAGAAAAGGGCGAGGAAAGCAAUCAUCGGCAAUGGGUGAUGACCGACCACCCUCUCCACGAGCAGGGCGCCUACGAUGGAGGCUGGGCCGGACAGCUCCAGAGGCGGGUGGUGCUGGACGGUCGUCGAGCCCAUUCAUGGCCACCUACGACGACGACGCCAUCCAUGUUCCGUCUAUGGCCCAGGUUGAUGACAAUAUCAUAGAGGCAACCACAGCAGGUCAACGUAUAUCCAUCCCUUUUCCACCUCAUUGGACUCUUCCGGUCACAUCAGAGGGUCAGACAGCCAUCCAGGACCAACUCUGGGAUUAUGCUGUCACGCGCGUAGUCCCGGAGCUUUGGUCGCACGAUGGUCCUUCCCUGGCACUGAUUCAACAGUGCGCCUUCACUCGGUCCCUCGGGGAGUUCCACCUUAUACGGCAGGACGAAAGCUACUCCGCGGCUCUUUCUGCCGUUUCUGCGGUGCUCGCUCUCAUGAUGAGUCGAGAGAUGAAGGCUUCUACCCUCCGGGCACAUGCAUUCAGGUCCUACGGGCAAGCUCUCGCCCUUGUCCGCAACAGAAUCCAGGCCAGUCAGGCUAUCGGCAACGUCUUGUUGCUGACGAUCUUUUGGUUCUCCGUGUUUGAGACCAUGAAUGGCCGGCCAAAUCAUGCACGGAUCCAUCUGAGCGCGAUCCCGAACCUUGUGGCCCAGUCACCAGGGUUGCAACAGAACCUCGAAGCAUGGAUUGCUGCGAAUGUGGUCAGCUGCGAUGUGUACUUGGCCGUGUCUUCCGAUACGGUGCCCAUUUUUGCAGCAUCUGGGAUAUUUGCCAAGGGAGAAGAGCCAGCUGCGGCAAGCUCGAUGGCUGCUACUACGACGACAGACUUCUCAGUACAGCCCGGAACACACCAUGCUUGGACCUCUCUGCGAGAACUCUUCCAUAGUCUUGCACAUGUGCAGAACACUGAUGGCUCUGUGCAAACAUUCGGACCGAGCCAAGAUGACGGCAAAAUCCACUCGCUCUUGGUGCAAAGGCUUAGCUGCAUCUCCCGGAUCGUUCAAGCUCGCCACGACCUGCGCUCAAAUCCUGACAGCCAUGCAUGCCCACAAACCCAGCUCGGAAUCUACGAAGCCAUGCUAUUAUGGGCUUUUCUAGUGUUUGGUUGUCCUGAACCUGUCCGCUUGGGCGCGAAGUUGUUGCUCAAUUUACAGUCAGCAUUGCUGUCAAGCGACAUUGAAACCGAAGAAGAACCAGGCAAUGCACUAACAGCUUACAAGACUUGGGCCACGCUCGUCGGCUGCCUCCAGGCCACGGUACUACCAGAAGCAGAGAGCUUAAGGAUAUGGUUUGAGAGACGUGUGGCUUUGACUGAAAAUGCCAGUGGACUCGUCGGCUCGGUCCUGAAGAGCGGACUACCGCUGCCACUGGAGCAACUUCGCAGCGAAAUAGCCAGUACAAGAACCCACAGGCACGACGACACCUGGCAAGGCUUGUAUACCGUCUCAGGACUGAGCUGGCGAGGUCAACGCCUUCAGACCCGCGCAGAUCACCAUCAUUGA